GGUAGGUAUGCAACCCAUCCAUCCACUAAUAUCCACAAAUCCCGCGCAUCCGUCUGCUCCGUCGGCGAUUACGCAGGGACUGCCUCUCUCUCAGCCCCAUGGACUCUGUCCGACAACAACACCAUCUUACGAGCUUUCCAACCCUCAUUUGGCACACCCCAACACCGGUUCCCACGCCUGCGAUCGUCGCCUUGCGCUCCCCCAUACCCGUCGACGGCCCGAGCAAUGACUCCAUUAUGAGGAGCAGAAAAUGCUUCCCGAACCGACGUUGAGCUUCACGCUCCCCAGCCUCCACGAUGACACCGUUCUGGACUGUCGUGUGUACCACUGUCGCGCAUUGAACCCCGCCGCAUCAAACCCUUCACCAUGGAAGCGACACGCCGCCGUCAUCGCCCAUCCGUAUGCGCCUUUGGGCGGAUCCUAUGAUGAUCCCAUUGUUGACAUCAUUGCCGCCACCCUCUUGCGGCAGGGCUUUCUCGUGGGCACCUUCAACUUCAGAGGCGCCGCAGGCUCAGCCGGUCGUACUUCCUGGACUGCAAAGCCAGAGCGCAGCGACUACAUGUCUUUCGUCGGCUUCCUAGUAUACUACAUGCAUUUUCUCGAUCCAUACCGCCCCGCUGCCACGCCAUCGCCAACGACAACCCGUACAACUUCAACUGCCGAUGCACAAACCAAGUCCUCCUCAUCAGAGCAUCCGUUGCUCCUUCUCAGCGGCUAUUCGUACGGGGCCAUGAUAACAACCCAGAUCCCGCCCAUGUCGCAGAUCCUCGCACAAUUCAAGCUACCCGCUGCUGGUUCUGCGGCUGCCGACAUUCGUCUACGUGCGCAGCAUCUGGCUGAGCAACAGAAUGUGAUGUUGGCGAGCGCCCGAGCUGCGAGCUCAAUUUCGCCACGAAAGAAAUACUUCGGCAUGAGGGUUGGAGGCGACGAAGAUACGCAACGUAAGAGUCACGAAGCUCGGCGGUCGAUUUCGGAAACCCGGAGAUCUUUUUCAAUAGAUGCCGAAGACAAGAUACGGCGAGGCGUCAGCGAGUUACUUGCAAAAACAAAACGGCAUCAUCACAAAGGUGUCGCUGUGACCCAGGAAAAGCUGGAGACCAUACCAUCGAACCAUGAGGUCUCGGUUGUGGUGGAAGAAGUGGCCGACUUAACUCGAGUGCGGCCGGCAUACCUACUUAUAUCUCCCCUGCAAGGGGUCAUCACGCACCUGGCGACAAUGUCAUUCCUUCCAGCAGCGCCUGGGCGAGGACUGUUCUCGCGAGCGGGUAAGCCUCGGGAUCAGGGCGCGCCGGCCUUCACGACUGAUCACAGGCAAAUGAGCGAGAGCAAAUUGGUCGAGAACGAGACUCUGGCGUUAUUCGGUGACCGCGACAUCUUUGUCCCGGUUGCCAAACUGCGGGCUUGGGUGGGACGACUCGAGGGGGUUGAGGGAUCACACUUUCACGGCGAGGAGAUACCUUCGGCAGGACACUUUUGGACAGAAGGCACAGUGGUUCAAGUGCUUCGAGACAAAGUUUGUGACUUUGCAGCAAGGCUGCUGCAGGGGGAUAGCGAAGAUGUGGUCACAAGCGAAUCAUGAACGGGCUUGCGACAGAAGAUGACGGUGCAUCGUUUCUUUGGCAUGAUUACGGAGACAAUCCCUCGUGGCAGAGGCGAAAGGAAACCGAGUCUGGUGGCUCGAGAACCCCGCUUGAUCCGACCAAACGAUGACAUAUAUGCAUCGACGAUGACGCCUCAAGUUGUAAACAAAGUUGACGGAGUGGGCCGCCGACGAUGAUGAAUGACGUCGGGACGCAAACUUGCUGAAAUUUGAAGUGCUAGCAACGUUGUCGCAAAGGACGCAUGCGGCGGAUGAAGCGGAAGAAACGAGUCAGGACGGCUGCAGGUACAGUUAGGCAGGAGUGUGGUGUAAGUAGGGAAGCCUUGAAGCUUCGGGAUCUGAAUGCUGUAGGAAAUCGAUCGACCGAUGAAGUCUGGGCACGAGUAGAGUGUCAGUUUCGGUGAGUACGUAAAAAGAGUGAAUUGGAAUCAACCGGCAUGAGACACGAUGGUGGAACCGAAUCAAAGUCUGAAUCACGAGGGGAAUGGAGAGGAGGGGUUGCCCGAGAACAAUGAUGGGAACUAGAUGGGGCAGAUUUUAUCAGCUUAUGUAUGGGAAGCGGUGUCCCUCAUAUCUCGUGCCUACCUACCCUAGGUUUCUCUGUACCUACGUAGGCAGUCUCCCUGUAAGCAGAUGUGGGACAGACAGGUAGGUAGGUAGCUAGAGACUCGAACGGGGGUGGGCCACGGUUGAAGGAAGGUGGCAGUUCAGCCGUUGAAGCGGCGUUUCGGUCACCCUCUUUCCUCAUUUUGUCUGACCACAAACGGUCGACUUGUCCCGAGCAAAUUCAGAAAAACUAGCGAUAACCUUCCAGAUCGAAGCGGCACAUGCCUUAAUCAUGGGCAUGGAGGGACGGAGGGGCGAUGGAGG